AUGCUGGUACAGCAAACAUCCGCACUGCGCGACGAGAUCAUCAGGCUAAAGGGGGAGCGGGACGCGGUGAUCCUUGCCCACAACUAUCAGAUUCCUGACGUGCAGGACGUGGCAGACUUUGUCGGCGACUCCCUGGGGCUUGCAAGGCAGGCUGCCAGAACCGGCAGCAAGGUCAUAGUGUUCUGCGGGGUACACUUUAUGGCAGAGACCGCCUCGAUCAUAUCCCCGGACAAGAGGAUCCUGAUUCCAAGCCUGGAGGCAGGCUGCUCGCUGUCUGACACGAUAACCGCAGAGGACCUGCGGCAGUGGAAGGGGCGGCACCCUGAUGCCAUAGCGGUGGGAUAUGUCAACACUACGGCAGAAGUCAAGGCGGAGCUUGAUUACUGCUGCACGUCAUCCAACGCGGUGAGUGUCGUGCAGGCCAUACCCGCAGACAGGGAGAUCCUCUUUUUGCCGGACAUGUUUCUGGGAUCGUACGUCUCCAAGAUGACCGGGCGAAAGAACAUGUACAUCUGGGCAGGCGAGUGCCACGUGCAUGCGGGAAUAACGCCUGAUGACGUGAAGAGGAAGCUUGACUCUAUGCGCGAGGCGGAGUUUAUGAUCCACCCGGAGUGCGGCUGCACCACUCCGAUAAUGUACGACGUGGCGUCGGGAAGGUUUGCCGGGGAGAACCUGCAUGUGCUCUCCACCGAGGGCAUGAUGCGCCAUGCCAAGGAGUCAAAAUCAAGGAACUUUGUGGUCGCCACGGAGACCGGCAUACUCCACAGGAUGAGAAAGCAGAACCCCGGCAAGAACUUUGCCGCGGCAUCGGACCAGGCGGAGUGCCGGUACAUGAAGAUGAUCACGCUGGAGGGGGUACGCGACUCGCUGGCCCGUGACCGGUUCGAGGUCAAGGUUCCCCCGGAGACGGCAGACAGGGCGCGCCUGGCCAUAGAGCGGAUGCUUGCGAUAAGCUAA